AUGUUCUCAUUCACAGUUUAUUAUUUAAUAUUAGUUAUAGUUAGUGUAAAAUGUAAAUCUUUAACAGUAACCAAAAAUUAUGAUGAAUCUUUCUACCCCGUGACAGGGGUAGUGGAAGAAAAAGUAGGAACUACCUUUUCUUUAAUAUGCGAACUUGAAUCUGAUGAAGAAAGAAAUGCUGUAGAUGACCAUCUAACUUGGAUAAAGAGAGAAAUAUUGUCGAACCAAACAAGAUUACAAAAAAUUAUACCUAGUUUCCCAGGUAUUAACAAAUCAGUAAAACAAUUCAACCCUCUGCGGGCAGAGGAUAAAGGUAUAUAUACUUGUAUAAGUUACAAAUUUAACCUCUCAAUAACUGUAACUGUCCUACUCAUUGACAAUAUCAAAAGAAAUGAUCUUAGACCACGUGAAACAAUUUUUUGCAAUGAUCAGAUGUUCCAGUGUAUCUCGAAUGGGGUCUGUAUCAUACCCCAUUAUGUCUGUGAUGGGAAACCUGAUUGCAAAGAUGCUUCUGAUGAAUCUCUAGAAAAGUGCAAUGGUGAACCAUGUAGAGAUAAAAUACCAUGUGAUGAUGGGAGAUGCAUCCCAAGUAGUUGGUGUUGUGAUAGACACCAUGACCCAAAUUGUUCUGUGACGAAUAGACCAAAAUGUUGUCAGUCACUUAUCAUACCAGAAUCUUAUGAAGAAAUGGAGUAUGGGUAUCCCAAUAAUAUGAAUCAUAACAAUCACAAUGGUGCUCGGUAUUUGUUCAUAUCAGUCUGUAUCAUCAGCAUCCUCUUUUCGAUCGUUCUUCUUCUUCUCAUCGUAUCGAAAGUGAUGAUCUUCGCUAAAAAGAGCGCUUUACAACAACAGCGGCACAACUUAUGCGAAAACAUAGCUCUACGCAACCAAACCAACGUCAAUAUAAUCCGAGCAGACUUCGCUCCGACGGGAAUCUACACGGUGCGCAACAAUUCGCGCACGCCCCGUUCCAACAUAAUCAUAGAUACUUCGGAGGUCAGCGAUCCUCUUUUGUUCAAUCCCGCACGCUUUAACGACGUCAAUUUUAGGAGUUAUACCGAUCAACCACCGUCCUACGUUGACGUUUUGAGAAACAAUCGGUUGAUCAGCGAACCGCCGCCUCCGUAUACCAGCAGAGAGAUACUUAAUUGUAACGAGGAAAGGCAGGAGAGGAGAUGA